AGGAAGGGCCAGGCUAGUCUCCCGCGCCCACGCACUCAGAGCCGGGAUAGCCUCGCCGCAGGGCCGGGCCGGGAACUGCUUCGUGUCAGACGCGUGGGGGAGGCGCCGCCGGGCCGAAGCGCUAAGCCUGCGCGGGGUCCCCGCGUCCCUCCGCACUAGGCUGGGAGUAGGGGGCUAAUCUCCAAGCACCGCAGCGCCCCUGGUUAUUCCUCCGGAGUUCCUCCUCAUCUAGUGUGGCUCCGUUGCACGUCCCGCCCAGAGAGGCACGAGGCUAAUCCUGGGUCCCAAGGGGGGGAUUUAGGGGGUGCCCGGGCGCGAGGCGCUGCGGAUUCCUGUGCUCGAUGCAGGGCAGUGGACACGCUGGAGCGGGAGCCCCGCACUCUCUCUCUGCACCGAGCCCAGGACGGCCGCGUGCGGGCCGAGGGGUCCCUCUGGCGCCCGGAAGCGGCUGUCUAGCGAUGAUGCAUCGGGCAUGCAGGGGCCACGGAGGCUCGCAGCCCGGACUCCGGAUGGUUAAAUGCGAAGAUGUGGAACGUAGGCAGUGGGGCGCCCCUGGGGCUUGGGGCUUGGAGGAGGCGUCAGAGAAGACCUGGAUAAUGGCUUCUCUGUCAAUCUGGCUUCUACUCUCACCGCCGGCGAUGCCCACUGCCCACUUCUGGGACCUACUGUCCGAGGGCUGCCUGUGGAUCCCGGACUCACGGUGGGGACCUUGUCUGGACCAGGGCCCUGUAAAAGGCUGUGGGGCAACCAAUCGACGGCUUAUUGGAAAAGAUGGGGGACGGUCUGCGGGGCCAACCAGGCCAGCUGGUAGCUGGAGCUCUUUCAGUCUUUUAAAACCCGAUUUGGGUUCUCCCUGCCUUAGUUACCCUUUCUACAUAAUUGGAGCUUGGAAUGAGUUCCCAGGCCCAAUUCUGGUUCUGACUUGGGGCACACGAUGCAGCCCAGACCCUUGUCCAUAGUCCCCAGAGGCACUGGAACCUGGACUGGAAUCCCAGCCAGGCGGUGCCGCUAUCCAGAAGAAAAAAAAAAAGGCGUAGGUAUGGGGGUGGCUUGGUCAGGGUGUCUAGUGUCUAUAAGAAAACGAUCAGAGAUGCGAAGAAGUCGCUGCCCACCUCUGGGGCCCCUCCCCCGAAGUCCCGGAGCGAGAGGAAAGGCUAGGCAGAGUUCAUGUGGAACGAAGCCCAACACACAUAGACAUACAAAGGGACCCACGGACACGCCCAGAGCGCAUCCUCACUCUAAGGGAAGGAGCUCCCGCCGGGGCCCCUUUCGAGCCAGCUUCUGGGGCACCACCUGCCCGGAACUAGGCUUGCUUUGAUGGCAGGAAGGGUUCGAUCCGCAGAUGCGAGAAGGCACCAGUCCUGACGAGUGCAUGGGGGGGGGGCUCUUCUUCUGGGGCGGGAGGUAGCAUUGCUAGGUCCACGAACCCCAGGAAUUGGGAAAAGGGGAAUGCAGGAGGGCGGGGAUCUAGGGCGUGGGAGUUCCCAGACCCAGGGUGUUCCGUGGCUUUCAGCCCCAAACGGACGUCUACGAGCCGUGGAGUAGCCUCGCUACCCCUUUUCUUGAACCUCGGCGAGCUGCACGCUGGGCACACCGACGUUGACGACUUGGGGAGAAAAGGGCUCCAAGCGCGCAGAACCUGAACCUGGCGAGCAUUCAGGGGGACCCAGCGAUUUGAGCUUGUCUUGGUAGCCUUUCUUCUCUUCCGAGCCCCGUCGGAGAUUAGUGGCACCGAGUAGGUGCCUCAGCCUCUAAUCCAGGUCCACGGUUGAUCUCCCCAUUGGCCGUGUUCUGGGAGCCUUCGGGGAAGCGGCGCGGGCCCUGGCGGGGGCGUGCGUACGAAGGCGGUGGGAGGGGGCGGCGGCGGAUCCGGGAGGGAUGAGAGAGGGAGGGCUGAAGUAGCUCCAGCCGCGCUCCCGUGCGACCCCCGCGGCGCCGCGGGGCCCGUCCGCACACAAUUAAAGCGGGAUUCCUCCCCCGCUGACGUCGGCGGCGCCGAGGCCCCUCCCGCGGCUGCAUAAAAGGCGCGGGCUCCGCAGCGCAGGCGGCAGUGGGGGCCGAGGAGCGCGGCUGAGAAGACCGUACGGCUGAAAAGCUCGGUGCCCAGAGCGCGAGCCGCCUGCCGAGCGACUGCCCCAGCCAGCCCGAACCCGGUCCCAGCCCGAACCCCACCGGAGCCGAGCGGACUCGGUGCUCCAGGUGUCCGCAGCCAUGCUGGUCGGCCGCACCGCGCGCACCUGUGCGCUGCUCGCCCUCUGCCUCCUGGGCAGUUGGGCCCAGGAUUUCGGGCCGACCCGCUUUAUCUGCACAUCGGUGCCGGUGGACGCCGACAUGUGUGCCGCGUCCGUGGCCGCGGGCGGCGCGGAGGAGCUUCGGAGCAACGUGCUGCAGCUCCGUGAGACCGUGCUGCAGCAGAAGGAGACCAUCCUCAGCCAGAAGGAGACCAUCAGGGAGCUGACCACCAAGCUUGGCCGCUGCGAGAGCCAGAGCACCCUGGACGCAGGUCCCGGCGAAGCCAGGUCGGGCGGCGGCCGCAAGCAGCCUGGCUCGGGCAAGAACACGAUGGGCGACCUGUCCCGGACGCCGGCCGCGGAGACUCUCAGCCAACUCGGGCAAACUUUGCAAUCUCUCAAAACCCGACUGGAGAACCUCGAGCAGUACAGCCGCCUCAAUUCUUCCAGCCAGACCAACAGCCUCAAGGAUCUGCUGCAGAGUAAGAUCGAUGACCUGGAGCGGCAGGUGCUGUCUCGGGUGAACACUCUGGAGGAGGGCAAAGGGGGCCCCAAGAACGACACAGAGGAGAGGGUCAAGAUCGAGAGCGCCUUGACCUCCCUGCAUCAGCGGAUCAGCGAGCUGGAGAAAGGUCAGAAAGACAAUCGCCCCGGAGACAAAUUCCAGCUGACAUUCCCGUUGCGGACCAACUACAUGUACGCCAAGGUGAAGAAGAGCCUGCCGGAGAUGUACGCCUUCACCGUGUGCAUGUGGCUCAAGUCCAGCGCAGCGCCUGGAGUGGGCACGCCCUUCUCUUACGCUGUGCCUGGGCAGGCCAACGAGCUGGUCCUCAUUGAAUGGGGUAACAACCCCAUGGAGAUUCUCAUUAAUGACAAGGUGGCCAAGCUGCCCUUUGUAAUCAAUGACAGCAAAUGGCACCACAUCUGUGUCACCUGGACCACCCGCGAUGGGGUCUGGGAGGCCUAUCAGGACGGUACGCAGGGUGGCAAUGGAGAGAACCUGGCUCCAUAUCACCCCAUCAAACCACAGGGCGUGCUGGUCCUGGGCCAGGAGCAGGACACUCUAGGCGGAGGGUUUGACGCCACCCAAGCGUUUGUGGGUGAGCUGGCCCAUUUCAACAUCUGGGACCGCAAGCUGACCCCCGGAGAAGUCUACAACCUGGCCACCUGCAGCAGCAAGGCCCUCUCCGGCAACGUUAUCGCCUGGACUGAGUCCCAGAUUGAGAUCUUUGGUGGAGCCACCAAGUGGACAUUCGAGGCUUGUCGCCAGAUCAACUGAAGGCUUCAGGCGAGGGCUGAGCCCCCAGCCCCACGCCUGCCCACCCUGCUUGUGCGGUGAUGACCCAUCGUCUCUUCUCCCCUUCCCCCAGGAAUGACUCAAGGCCACGGCCCCUGCACACGCACACUCACUCAGCCUGGUUUGUCGUCUCCGUGCACAUGAAACCGUCCCGGCUCUUCUUUGGCCCUAAGGACACCCCCAUUCUCCCUAGGGGCCCUACUAUCUCCCGGGCAUGCCUAGCUAAAGCAGGUAGCAUCAGCUUUGACAAUGCAGAGUUAGGUGAGAGAGAGAGAGUGAGUGUGUGUGUGUGUGUGUGUGUGUGUGUGUAGGGGAGGCUUUUCUUUUAAAAUGAGAGUUCCCUCCUUUCUUUGUGGUUUUUGUGCGUUCCUGAUGGGUCAGCUGCUUGUGUGUCUUGAGGCUGGUAUUUCUCUCAGCACAGACAUUUAUCCUCGUUUGCAGACCUCUUUGGGAGUGAUAUAGCCCGCUCUUGAUGUAAGUCUUAUAAUAGUCUGCUAAGGCUGGGGAGGCCUUGCCACAGGAAUUUUUAUUUGGGAUAAGUGGAUUCUCUGAAAAUCGGAGGCUGGUUGUCCUGGUACCACCUAGAUGCCGUCAUUUCCCUCCCCAGCCCGAGUCAGGUUGUCUGCUCUCUGCAUCUGAGGGUAGAGUGGGCCACUCAGCAGCUCUGUCUCAGGUCUGCACCUUACCCUUGGCCUUCCUGCCUCCUUCUGUCACUCAAGACUGGGACCUGUUAUUCCCUCUAGGCCUACAAAGCUGUGCUACUUCAGCCCAGUGGUUAUGAGAAGGGAGUGUCCCACAGAGUCCCAGGACACGGGGCCUCGGCACCCUCCCUCCUCCCUCUGGUAGAGAGACCAGGGGCUUCAAGUGGGGAGUCUCAUGUGCUUGAUCCCCCUCCAGAGGGCACUGAGACCUGACCCACAGUCUAUGGGAAUGUCUUCCCAUGGCAUUUUUCACAGCCAUACCCCUCCCAGCACACCCAGGCCCAGGUGAGCUAGCUCAGACCCCUCUCAGGGGCCAGUGGCUCAGACACCUCUCAGGUGGAGCCUGCUGGCCACGGUGGGGCCUGCCAUCCACGCCUGCAUCUCAUGGGGCACAAGCCCUGUGGCAGCCCCAACCUGCCACCGGGCCUGUGGCUUUUCCUUAAUGGAAGCAGCAUGCAUACCGCCUUCUGAGGAGGGGGACAAAAUGUGUCUGUGCACACGUGUCUGUUGAAUGACAGCAAACACUGAGGAGGCUGUGUCCAGGUGGGGUGGACCCUGCUUUGUUUCCCCAUUUUGUGGGCACACGCCCAAGGACACCUGGACUAUGUCUCCAGUAGCCUGACUAGCAAAAGGCGGGCAAGUCUUUCUAGAAACCUACGCAGCACUGCCUGGCCCGUCUGCAGCUGCAGACGCUUCCUCAACGGGAGCAGGGCUUGCUCCUGCUGUUCCUUCCAGGGGCACCUGUCUCCUUCCACACAGGUCUUUGUUGUGUCUGAACCUAGUGCAUCCGUGUCGUCUGUGCCGUCUGUGUCACUGUUAUUGUGGGUGUCUGCACGGUUCCCGGUCACUGCUCUGUGGCGCACCGCUAGAGCGAGCGAAUUAGGCGGUGUGCCACGCGUCGUCCGGCAGUGGCUUUUUCUUGCAUUCCUGUGCUUCCUCAGCGCCCUUCGGGUUGUGGCAUCCUUGGAUCUGUGGGGAUCUUCUGUGUUUGCAUGUUCUUCAGGGUGGUGUGUUCCUUGCUCCCUUGGUCCAGUGCGUGUUCCCUUGCCUGCAUGGACUUCUCUGGUUCUGUGUUGUGUGCUAAGUGCCACCCAGUGUCCUGUGAUCACCCACGUAGUUACUGAAAAAAACGGCUGGGUAAGCAAGCCAGGGGUUUGGGGGAGGUCACGAGAGAGAUCAAUCUCUCUCCCCUCCUUCUCCCCAGACAUAGCAAGAAGCAUCUCUAACAUCUAGGUUGAGAAUAAGUCUGAAUGGUACCCAUGGUGGGAGAGAGCAAGAGUGUGAGCUUGGAAUCAACUUUCCAGACCAGAUUGAGCCCCACCCUUACUUUUAUAGCCGUCUGGGAGCCACCACCAGGCAAGGCCCAGAGCCGGCUGUGCCCGGUGCACUCCUGCCAACCCCUGCCACCAGCCCCAGCCCCUGCCAAUGCGGACCCCAGACCACCUGCACCCAGAUGGGUGGGGUGGGAGCUGUCCGUUCAGGACCACAAGCCAUCCUCUGCCCCUGCCUAGAGGGCAGAGCACACCCCAAUGCUUAUGCCUCUAUCCCUUCAUCUCCCAGCUCCCCUCUCCCGUGCGGCACCCACGGUGCCAGGGACAGAAGCUGACACCUAGCUCUUGCCCUGCCCCUAACUGGAGUCUGUGCCAAGCCCCUCCCCUCCGUCACUGUGUUCACACUUGGCACUUUGCUGGCCCUGAGAAAGGUAAUGACAGCCGCAAAUCUGAUCCACAUGCUUUCCAUCGACUCCGUAAUCUGAUUGAUGUUCCCUCUUGCACUGAAUAAUACAUGCCUCUCUCAGGUAAGCCAUUUUAUAAAAUAAGAGAUAAAAUGCACUGUCGAGACAGUGUUUGCUUCUGCCGAUGGUGUCCGACAGCACCCUGGGCAUUAGGGUGGGAGAGCUGCCACGGAGGCUCCCAGGCCCUAGGGGGCUGAGAGCCCACUUGAAUUGUAAGCCUUCUUGCUUUUGAUAACACAGUAUUAUUUCUCUUACUGUAGAAGAAAAAAGUUUAUUACCAAACAAGAGUAUUUUUAUGAAAGAAUAGGACAAACUUAUAAAUUAUCUCAACCUAUAUCUCCCUUGGAAAUACUUUCAGGCUCCACCAAAAUGUAGGACUGAAAGCGUGUAUUUUGGCAGAAAGAGAUACAUUUUUGUAUGCUUUCUUUUCCUUUUGUAGAUUCCCAACUUCUUUUCUAAGACUGCAAAGAUCACUUUGUCACCAGCCCUGGGACCUGAGACCAAGGGGUUGUCAUGUGGGCAGGAGAGGCGGGCCUGAGGUUCACAGUCAUUCCAAUGAGCUCUGAUAAGGGGCCACCGGGUCUCAAGGGUGUGCUGGGGACCAGGAGGUUUAAAAAAAAAAAAGCCUUUGAUGGUGGGUUCUUUGUCUUGGAGCUGACUGGUUAUGUGGGAUGGGAUGAGGAUAUUUGGAUACCAAUUCUGAGCUUGCUCGAAGACACUUGGGCUACUCUGGCGAACACAAGGGCAUCACGUCCUUAGUAACCCAAGUGUGGCUGAAAGCGAUCAUGAUUUCAUCUAAAACACAACGUGUAAACUUACUCAGCUGACGAUGGGAAUUGUAUUGCUUCUGUACGCAGUGGACUUAUGUGCAAUCUGUUCAAAGGGGAACAAGUCAUUGAGGAGAAACAAAAGCCCAAUACUUAGAGUCCCAAUUUUGUCUUAUUUGCCAAAAAGAGCAACCCCCCUAGAGUUGAUAUUGUUACAAUGUACAUACUGUAAAAUAUGAAAGAAUCGAUGUAUCUUACUUUUUCAUUAUUUGCUAACCAAAGCUGUACAUUUUUCAUACAAUCUGCAGCCUUUUGAGUAUCAAAGGGGUAUACCACCACCAUCAGCCAUUCUGAAAGUGCACUAUUUAUACUGGUACCCUUGCUUCCCCCCCCCCAUUUUCUUGCUGAGAUGACAUGAAUUGUUGAGUUUAUUUUUACACAGUAAAGAGUGAAGAAAGA